AUGACAAACCAGCAGUUAGACUAUAAGUUUCUCCCGACUUCACGUGGUGGACGUUAUCUAGUUGUUGAAGGCUUUGUGUUUCGAUUGAAUCGAAGACGCAACGAUGCUUCAUGGGCAUCUUGGAGAUGCCAGGAGAAGACAUGUGCUGCGACUGUCUCUACUGUGAACGACAUCAUCACCAAGCAUCCCAGCCCACAUAACCAUGGACCUGUCCAUAAUGAGAUAAAGGUCAGAGAGACACUGGACAGGAUGAAGAUGGUGGCCAAGUCAUCUCUGGGUCCGAUACCGACGCUGUACAACGAGGUUCUGGCCUCAGUGAGCGAUGGUCCUUGGACGGAAGAGAACAGGUCGUUCAUCGCAGAAAUGCCGACGUACGACACCGUCAAGAACAGACUGUACCAGGCCCGAAGAUCCACCUUCCCACCCAUCCCAUCUUCCCGACGAGAAAUCGUGAUCCCAGACGAGUUCAAAACAACCAACGCUGGCGAGCCCUUUGUCAUCAUCAACGAUGGCGACGACGAUAAGAUCCUUGGCAUGACGACAACGGUGAACAUGCAACAUCUUUGUGCUGCCGAAGUUGUGUACAAGGCGACUGUUACUUACGACCGCGCCUUCCGUCUCCUGAAGGAAGCAGUGGAAGCAAGAGGACUUCAGAUGUCACCUCAACACAUCCAGAUGGACUUCGAAUCUGCAGCGAAGAAUGCCGUCUCCGUCAACUUCCCGACGACGCUGUGGAGGGGGUGUCUAUUCCACUACACACAGUGUGUGUGGAAGAAGACACAAGGGGUUGGCCUUCAGGGCGACUACAACCACGACGAAGACAUCACCCGCUUCGUAAGGCGUGCUGCUGUACUGCCUUUGGUGCCCGUGACAGAUGUAGACGACGUGUGGCUGAACGCACUUGCAGACAUGCCUGACGACCCUCGCUGCCUCCGUCUCGCCGACUACGUGACCACCCAGUGGGUGGAAGGACAUAUACCCCAGACAGCGUGGAACCACUACCAGAACACCGGUCCAAGAACCAAUAACCACCUGGAAGGUUGGCAUGGUCGCCUUAAGAAAAUUAUUUCUAAGGCUCACCCCAAUGUCUUCGAGAUGUUGUCUUUCCUCAGGAAAGAGCAGAAACUGAACGAAAUCAAGCUUGUUCAGUACGCUGCUGGGAGGAAACCGCCACCAAAAAGGAGGAAGUACAUCCAUGUCAAGUCAAGACUAGAGACUCUGAAGCAAGAACUCCGAGAUGGUGCCAUGAGUGUCAUGGUUUACGCUUAUGCCGUGUCGCAUCUAAUGAAGUUACAGUGA